GGAAGCCGCAUUCGAGUCACGUCCCAGCCCGUCCCGUUCGACGAAACCGACGAUUGUAGUACGCGGUCACUACUUGAUUUUGGUAGAGAGAAAAAAAAAAUGACGUGAUCGCCAAUUAGGAGCACAGUUUUUUUUUUGGGGUGGUGUCAUUAAUUAGUUUUUUGAUAGAAAAAAUACUGUUUCGAGGAACAGCAGAAUCCAAUUCGCAUCUCCGCUGGUUCAACUAGACUCGACAGAACCGCCUUCCGCACCAGAACUUUCAGUGAUAAACAUCAGUUUUUUUUUUCUCUCGCUAUCUCUCUCUGUCUCUCCAUUGCUCCAUAACUGUACACACAGACACAAGUUUAUCAAUUAAAUUUGGUUGCAUCUCAAUACCUUAAGUGUAUAAAUCACAUGAUUCACACACCCGAAGGGACACCAGUGCAUUUUCAUCGAAUAAACAGUUGCAGUGAGCUGCAAUCAUCAUAGACGAUGGUCAUAUACCUGUGGCAGGAAUUUUGCACGAAGUUCUGGAAUGAGGAUAUCUGGCUUCCCCCCAAUGUCACCUGGGCUGACAUUGCACCGGGUUCCAGCACAGAGGUCCACCAUGCAGACUACAGACACUUAAUCUUCCCGCUGGCACUUGCACUAGUUAUCUUAGUUAUAAGAUAUAUUUUUGAAAAGUAUUGGUUCGCACCUGUUGGUGUUUCUCUGGGGAUAAAAUGCAACAGACCAAAGAAGGCCCCAACAAACCCGGUCUUGGAGAAGGCCUACACAAGUCACAAACAUUUAAAGUACAAGCAAAUACAAGGUUUAGCAAAGCAAUUAGACAUGAAUGAAAGGCAAGUUGAAUGGUGGUUCCGUUUGCGUAGGAUACAAGAUAAACCGUCCACCUUAGUGAAAUUUUGUGAAAACUCCUGGAGGUGCCUGUAUUACAUGUUCUCCUUCACUUAUGGCUGUGUUAUACUUUGGGAAAAACCUUGGCUGUGGGACAUCAAUGAAUGCUGGAUUAACUAUCCGCACCAAAGUGUCUCGGACGAUGUCUGGUGGUACUACAUGUUCUCGAUGGCAUUCUAUUGGUCUCUGUGCGCUAGUCAGUUCUUCGAUGUUAAACGUAAAGACUUUUGGCAAAUGUUCGUGCACCAUAUUGCAACAAUUGUGUUGAUGUGUCUGUCCUGGAUUUGUAACUUGUCCAGAAUCGGAACGCUGGUCCUUCUCGUCCACGAUUGCGCUGAUAUCUUCCUUGAAGCUGCUAAGAUGGCUAAAUACGCUGGCUACCAGAAAGUAUGCGACAUCAUUUUCGCCAUUUUCACUGUUCUCUGGAUUGUCACGCGUCUAGGUUUUUACCCCUUGUGGAUUAUUAAAAAUACAUCGAUAGAAGCUCCGACAUUGGUGCCAAUGUUCCCUGCGUACUACAUCUUCAACGGUCUUCUGGUCCUGCUGCUAGUUCUGCACGUGUUCUGGACGUACCUGAUCAUCAAAAUAGCGUACAAGGCUCUGAAUUCGGGCCAAAUGGAGGGCGACAUCAGGUCGAGCAGUUCGAAUUGCAGCGACGGCGGCGCCUCACAAUAGUACCCAUUGUAGGCUUGUAGACGGAAUUAACAACAACAAAAAAACAUUACUUUUUCAUUUAAAUAUAUAAUAUUUCUUCAUUAACUUUCCAAUCAAUGGAAAUAUGUUUCAUGUGCACCAAAAAAAAAAACAAAUGUUUCGUUGAUUGUGAUCAGUACCAAAAAACACACACUUUAGCUUUUUUUUGUAUCUUUUCCAGUGAGUUUUUUUUUAUAUAUAUAUUUAUAAAAUAUGUAAUAUAUAUUUUGUAAAGAGACGAGAAAGGACGUCUUUCAUUCAAGAUGUUCGUUACUGUUUUGUGGCAAUGUAGGUUUAACGUUUAAAGAGAAUUACAUUAAUUAUAAAUUGGCUUGCUUUUAAAGUUUAUUAAACGAAAUAAUCAAAAAUAAGAGGCAAUUUGAUUGCAUUUAACAAAGUAUUUCUGUUUUUUUUAAUAAAGAAAAUUAAAUAAAGGCAUAUUUCGUGUGA